AUCUAGGGGGUGUCAAUAAUAUUUACCCAACGAUAAAUGAUUUAUAGUUGACACUUGACAGUUGACUCCCCCCACAUUUAUUCAUGAUUGCAAAGACAUCCGAUCGCGCAAGUCUACCAAUCUCUCUCUCUUUCAGCUUCCCGUCGUUCUCUCCCCUCUGAUCGAUUCUCCUAGCCCUAACUCCCAAAUUCUGAGGGAACGUGAAUUUCCUAUGAUCUAGCUAGCAUAUAUAAUCACAAACCCCUCUGAAUAUAUUCAGGAAAAACAAUGGCGGAGAGUUCAACAUCGCCCCAGAAACCAAUCCAAACAGCAACAAAUACAAUGGAACCAAUCACUCAAAACCCAUCAUCAUCAUCAUCAAACCCUAACGCAGCCAUGCCCUCCCCUUUAACCAUCUCUCACUCCCCAUCAAUUGAAAUCCCUCAAAUCUCCUCCCCUUCUCUCCCUCAAAUCCCCUUAACCCCUUCACAACAACAACAGCAACAACAACAAGCCCAACAACAGCAACAAAUUACCGUUCUACCCCAACAAUCCCAACCACAACAAUUACAGCAGCAAAAUAAUAGUAUGAUGAGCCUACAGAGAUCUCCAUCAAUGUCGAGGUUGAAUCAGAUGCAGCAACAAUAUGGGAUGGCUACUGGAGCCGGGAUGGUGAGACAGCAAGCGGGGGUUUAUGGGCAGAUGAAUUUCGGUGGAAGUAAUGCGCUUCAACAACAGCAGCAACAACAACAGCUACAGAAUAUACAACAACAGCAAAUGGGUAGUGCCAAUUUGACACGGUCCACUUUGAUUGGACAGACCGGUCACUUGCCCAUGUUGUCCGGUCAAGCCGCCGCCGCUGCAGCUGCCCAAUUUAAUUUGCAGACCCAUCUUUUAUCGCCGAGGCAGAAAACUGGGUUAGUGCAAGGGUCUCAAUUCCACCCGGGAAAUAGUCCUGGACAGCCCUUGCAAGGAAUGCAAGCUAUGGGGAUGAUGGGGUCCUUCAAUUUGAGCUCACAACUCAGACCAAAUGGAUCUCCAUCGUAUGCUCAACAAAGGAUGAAUCAGGUGCAACUGAGGCAGCAAUUGUCACAGCAAAAUCCACUUGCCUCAGCUCAGGCUCAAAACCUUCAAAGGGCAGCAUUUAUGAACCCUCAGUUAUCUGGGUUGGCACAGAAUGGACAACCAGCUAUGAUGCAGAACACUUUGUCACAGCAACAGUGGUUGAAGCAAACAAUGUCUGCUCCUAAUUCUCCUUCAUUACGUCUACAACAGCAGAGGCAGCAACAACAAGCACUACAAUUGGUUUCAUCUCCUCAGUUGCACCAAAAUUCUGUGGCCUUGAACCCACAGCAAUUAUCCCAAAUGGUACAGCAGCAGCAACCAGUGGGCCAUCCUCAGCUGCAUCAACAGCAGCAGCAGCAGCAACAACCACCACCACCACCACCACAACAACAACAGCUUUUGCAUCAGCAUCAGCAGCAGCAGUCUCCCAGGAUGGCUGCACCCGCUGGCCAAAAAUCCCUAAGUUUGACCGGAUCACAGCCCGAUGCUACAGCAUCUGGAACAACUACUCCAGGGGGUAGUUCAAGCCAAGGAACAGAAGCAAGCAAUCAACUUCUUGGGAAAAGAAAGAUACAGGAUUUGGUUUCACAGGUGGACUCAGAAGGAAAGCUGGAUCCUGAAGUUGAAGAUCUUCUUUUGGAAAUCGCUGAUGAUUUUAUUGAUUCAGUUACUACAUUUGCUUGCAGUUUGGCAAAGCAUCGGAAAUCUUCAACUCUAGAAUCCAAGGAUGUAUUGCUACACCUAGAGAAAAACUGGCGUUUAAACAUUCCAGGGUUCUCAAGUGAAGAAAGGAACCACCAACGGAACCAUCCAUCAAGUGAUCUCCACAAGAAGCGUCUUGAUGUGAUACACGCAUUGAUGGACCCCUCGCACUCUGGGAAAAAUAGGAAUAAUGCCGAGGAAAUGGUCAGACAUGGGCUUGGCAACCCAGUUGGUGCCAACAACCUGAUAAAACCUUCCUCACAUUCAGACCAGUUAGUUUCACAAUCAACUGCUUCUCAAAUGCUGCAGCAACUAACAAGGUUUUAAUGGACAGAAGUUUUGACUUUUAUUUGAUCUCCAUGUUAGCCGCACAGAACCUGGUGGUUGGGCCCAGGAAGAACCAAGCCACAGAUAUUUGUUUAGUGCUUGAGAAUUUAGAGGUUCAGGACAAGAGCACAGCUGUUGACCAUUUUUCGUUUUUUGGCUUGAGUAUGAGUUUCCUACUUGUGUGCAGAAUUCAUUUCUUUUGUUAUAUUGAGUCCACUUUAAAAGGAAACGUAUUUAAUGACAGUAUUUAAUGUGUUGAUGAAGUAUCAGCCUAUCAUCCUCAUCCCAUUGUACACCAUUAAGAUGACUUCCUUGUAUAGGAAUCAGCUCGAAGCGCAUUAAAAUGAGAUUCCAGAUGUUGAUUUGAUCCCAGCUGGCAUGUUAGUGAUGGUUAACAAAGAAAGAUGCUGAAUGUUUGCCAAAGGAUUGUCGUGUUUGGUCCAUAUAUGUAGUGAUUUUUGAUAUGAAAUUUAAAUUUCGAUUUCGAUUUCCAGCUUACGGUCCUCAUGUUAUUAUUGCAAUACGGUGUCAUUAUUUAAUAA